AUGAGUGACAAUCCGGCUAUUCCUCCUCGGCCCUCCGGUGACCCUCACAAGCAAUUUUUAUGCCUUACUAUCUGUGGUUACAAACAGCAGGGAAUGAGUGAAGAGGACUACAGGCACCAUAUGCAACGGGUUUCGGCGCCGAUGACCAAAGAUCUCAUGGUGAAAUACGGAGUCAAGCGAUGGACUCAGAUUCACAACCAAGAAGAAACUCGGGCCCUUAUGAAGCGACUGUUCGACCACCAGAUGGCCAACUUGGCCGACUUUGACUGCUUCAGUCAGGUUGUCUUCAAAGAUGUGGAUCAAUAUAAACGCAUGAAGGAUGAUCCAUGGUACAGAGAACACCUUGUUGGCGAUCACGAGAAGUUUGCCGAUACGCAGAGGAGUGCGAUGACUAUUGGAUGGAUAACUGAGUUUGUUCGUGAUGGCGAAGUUGUUGACGGCAUGAAAGACCAUCCACCUGCACCAAGCUUCCUCGGCACGUUGGUGCGCACCGCCGGGGCUGUAGUUCCAAUUGCUGCAAUGAUUUUGUAUGGAAUUUAUCGCUAUACUGCAAAUUUUUCAUGA